AUGGCCACCACGGAAAAUGAGAAAAAGCGCAAGGUCUCUCCUGUCGGUGAGGAAAAGCGACCAGCUAAAAAAUCUCGCACAUACGUGUUGGAAGUAUUUCUCAAGAUGGAAGAUUUGCCGCACAAUAUCCGAUCCAAGAAGGUGUCGCAAUGUUUUAUUGAAUUUAUAGAUAAGGCCCACGAUGCUGACCUAGAGUCUGACGAAGAUGACAUUCGACCAAAUCACUGCUUUAUGAGGCUGAUUUUCAAGAACCAGCAGACAAAAAACGCCAAAGGUAGUACACCAAUCAAUAGCAGGGGAAUCAUCAUUAACCUUAAGUACAACCAUCCUGGAUUCAAAAGAUGCAGUCUUGGGGACUUGGAUAUCAGAACGUUCACAUACGCUGGACCACAUAGGAAUGCAGUCAAGGUCAUGGAGGUUCCAGUGAACCCCAACAACCAAGGAAAGACAGUUAGGGACUUUCUUCGGGUCAUUGAAGAUAAAAAAAUGCUUCUUGCCGGGUUUGUCACAGAAGAUGAGGAUGUGGUGGGGUGUAAGGAUUUUAUGUGUCAGUAUACUAAUAAUUUGAUCAAUGCUGGGGUUUUGGAUGUUCAAGAGGAAGCAAAGCAAGCAACUUUUGAAACCUGGAAUUAUAAUUAUGGACCCGCAAUGGAUGAAAACCGUCCUCAAAAAGUUGGGUAUGCAGCUUUCAAUACCGCAUAUCAUGACACCUAUCAAGAAAUCGAACACAUCGUGUAUAGGGGGAAUCGUAUUGCUUUGGAUUCGGCACAGGUAAAUGAGCUUAUUUGCACAGCAACCAAUACCACAGCAUACUUGACACAGGCCAGUACGGAGACUGCAAGAGGUAGUGAUAAGUCUAAGAGCGGUGAAGACGAGUCUGAUAGUAGUGGAAACGAAGCUCAGGCAGCCGAAUCUAGAUCUUCGCGGGAAUCUACGCCCGCGAACGCCUGA